AAGAAAUCAAAAUGCGUUCAUUCUUGACAAUUUUCUGUUUGUUCGUUUGCUUGUCUUGGACGGAGGCAAAUGAAGUUUCCCAGGACUUUCAAGUGGUAAAGGGGGCCAAUAAAACAUACUUCAUUCACCCACAAAAGACACUGUUUAUGGAAGGCUUGUUCAUAUGCGAAGAGAGUGGAUUAGACUUAUUAUCAAUAGACAGUGAAGAAGAAAACAAAGAAGUUACAUCGGAGGUUGCUUCAACAGGUUACAAAACCUUUUGGACAGCCGGGGUGAACCUCAACGAAAAAGGGAAUGAUUGGGUGUGGUUGACCCAUAAAGAACAAUCUCCUUCUGCACCCAUCACGUAUUUCAACUGGAAGCAGGGACAACCGACUCCCGUUACUCCCGAUAGCAGCUGCAUUUUAUUCACCAAGGAUGAUUUAGAAGGCACCUGGAGUAAUGUCAACUGCAGGGAGGAGCAUAUUCCAAUUUGCCAAAGCUACAUCUCACCGAUAUGAAUAAUUUACAUCAAAUUAUUUUUGUUUAGUUUAUUAAAGUAUUAGUAACUAAACAGUGGAACACGGCGUAUUGUAUUUUCAACUUCUUAAUACAUACCCUAACAAUAACUAAGUGGAAUUAGAAU